UCUGCCAGUUAACACGUGCGGUCGUUUAAUUUUGUUAUUUAUAAGUAAAUGAAAUAAACAUGGGAAAGGCAAAAAAGAAGGUGCAUCCCAAAACGAGGACGGCGGCGUUCAAGGCAAGCGAGCCCAGCGAAAUAGUAGAGGCGCCCCACUCCUUUAUAAUACAUCGUGGUCUGUCAUGUCCCUAUAUAACAGAUUUAACAAUAGAUUUUCGGCGCAUAAUGGAACCGUUUACUGCGACCAAUUUGCGCGAAAAGAAAAUGAAUCGCAUCAAAGAUUUUGUGAGCCUCAGCAGUUUCUUUCAUGUCUCACACAUGGGCAUCUUUAACAAGGCGUCCACACAACUGUCCUUUAAAGUGGUGCGCUUGCCGCGUGGUCCAUCGCUGACAUUCAAGGUGCAUCAAUUUACGCUUGCACGUGAUGUCAUUUCGAGUAGCAAGCGACAAAUGUUUGAUGUGGAUCAUUUCAAGCAUGCGCCUCUCGUUAUUAUGAACAACUUUAGUGGCGAUGGCAAACACCUGAAGCUAAUGGCCACAACGUUCCAGAAUAUGUUUCCAUCCAUCAAUCUGGCUCAAGUGAGCAUAGAUACCAUUCGCCGCUGCGUACUCUUCUCCUACAAUACGGAAACCAAACUUGUGGACAUGCGACAUUAUUCAGUGCAAGUGGUGCCUGUGGGCCUCAAGCGAGCCGUUAAAAAGAUAGUCAGUGGCACUCUGCCUAAUCUAAACAAAUGCAAUGAAGUUGUGGAUUUUGUGACUAGGGAUGGCUAUGCCUCGGAGUCUGAAGUCGAGGAUGAUGAACAGUCACACGUUGUGCUGGCUCAGACACUAAAAAGCAAAGGCAACUUGGAGGAUUCCAAAAGCUCGGUGAAGCUACAUGAAAUCGGACCACGUCUGACAAUGCAACUUAUUAAAAUCGAAGAGGGUUUGUUGACGGGUGAAGUGCUGUAUCACGAUCACGUCAUCAAGACAGAGGAUGAGAAGGAAACGUUGCGUAAAUUAAUUGAAAAGAAACGCAAGCUGAAGGAGCAGCGCAAGAAGCUGCAAACAGAAAAUCGCGCAAAGAAUCUAAAACUGAAAAAGGAGCAAAGCAAAUCCAAGCGCGAGGACGGCGAUCGUGACAGCGAGGCAGACGAUGAUGCUGAGUACUACAAGGAAGAAGUGGGCGAGGCACCGGACGAAGAGCUUUUUAAAACUGAUAAUAACUCAUCGCGCAAGAGGCCUAAUUUGACUGGCGGCAUGAAAUACAAAAAUAAGAAGCCCAAAACGGAUGUAAAAGGUGUAAAAAAAUCAAAAAAAUAG